CAUGAAGGUUCACCUGUUUGGUGCAGCUUCUUCACCUGGUUGUGCCAAUUUUGGUUUAAAACAUCUAGCCACACAAGGUGAGGGAAAGUUCUCUCCAGACACAGUAAAGUUCAUUCAAAGAAACUUUUAUGUAGAUGAUGGACUUGUAAGUGUUACAUCAGAAGCAGAAGCAAUAAAACUAGUCAAAGAAGCAAGAGAGCUGUGUAACACAGCUAAACUAAGAUUACACAAGUUUGUAUCAAACAGUGAAAAUGUGUUAAAAUCACUGCCCAGAGAGGAGUGUGCUGAUAGUAUUAAAGAUUUGGAUCUAGCACUUGGAGAGCCACUGAUGGAAAGAGCACUUGGUGUUCAGUGGUGCAUCUCUUCUGAUGAGUUUCAAUUUAGAAUAAAAGUCAAAGAGCACCCAAUGACAAGAAGAGGAAUCCUGUGCACAGUAGCAUCAGUGUAUGAUCCACUGGGAUUUGUGGCACCCUUCAUUCUAAAAGGAAAACAAAUCCUACAACAGUUAUGUCAAGAGAAAGUCGGAUGGGACGAGCCUCUUUCAGAUCAGCUCUACAGAGAGUGGGAAUCCUGGCUCCUAGAUCUUCAAAACUUGUCAAAGGUGAGAAUCCAAAGAUGUAUGCUACCUGAAAACACAGAUAUCACACAGUGUGAUUUACACAGUUUUUCAGAUGCCAGUUUGACAGGCUAUGGACAAUGUAGCUAUUUAAGAACAGUCACAUCCAAAGGGGAUGUUCAUUGUGCACUAGUCAUGGGAAAGGCACGUGUUGCCCCAACCAAAGUCACUACUGUCCCUAGACUUGAAUUGACAGCUGCAGUAGUUGCAGCAAGAACAAGUGUAAUGCUAAAAAGUGAACUGGAAAUCAGCAAUCUUCAAGAAUAUUUCUGGACAGAUUCCAAAGUGGUGUUAGGAUAUGUGAACAAUGAUGCCAAAAGAUUUCAUGUGUUUGUGGCAAAUAGGAUUCAAAGGAUAAGGUCACUCACAGAUCCACAUCAGUGGCAUCAUGUACCAUCUGAAAAUAAUCCUGCAGACCAUGCAUCAAGAGGACUAAGUGUCCAACAGCUACUCAAAUCUAACUGGUUUAAAGGACCAGAGUUUUUGUGGCAAAGUGAGUUACCCAUCGAAACUGACAAGGUUGUUGAAGUUUUUCCUAAUGAUCGAGAGCUAAAAACAGUACAUGUGCUCAAAACAGAAGUACAAGAAAGGAGAACAAUACUUGAUCGUCUCAAUAAAUUUUCUGACUGGAGAAGAGCUGUUAAAGCUAUUGCUCGUCUAAGGAAAUUUGUGAGAGAUUUUAAAGGAGACACACAAGCAAAAGGUGGAAACACAUGUGUUGAGGACAGACGAGAAGCAGAACUAUUCAUAAUAAAACUUGCACAAGAAAACACCUUCAGUAAGGAAAUCAAGGACUUAACCCAAGGAAAAGACAUCCAACUCAAGGAUAAGACACACAGGCUGCAUAGCUUAAACCCAUUUGUUGAUGAGCAAGGAGUACUCAGGGUGGGAGGACGUUUAACAAGAGCAAGUCUGCACCCAUACAUCAAACAUCCUGCCAUUAUUCCCAAAUCAAGUAAUGUGUCAUCUUUACUGAUUAAACACUUCCAUGAAAAGAUGCAGCAUCAAGGAAGAGGAAUUACUGUCAACGAGCUGCGUUCCAAUGGACUGUGGAUCACAGGAUGCAGCAGUGCAGUUGCUUCACACAUCUACAAGUGCACAACCUGCAGAAAGUACAGGAGGCAUACACAAGAUCAACAGAUGUCAGAUCUACCAGAGGACAGAAUGGAAACAACCCCCCCAUUCUCUUACUGUGGUGUUGACUGUUUUGGACCUUUUUAUGUAAAAGAAGGCAGAAAAGAACUAAAAAGAUAUGGUCUUUUGUUUACAUGUAUGUGUUCCAGGGCAAUACAUAUUGAAAUGUUAGAUGACCUUACUACUGAUGCUUUUAUUAAUGCAUUGCGUUGUUUUAUUUCUAUUCGUGGACAUAUAAGACAAAUCAGAUGUGACCAAGGAACAAAUUUUGUCGGUGCUAAGGGAGAGUUUUUGAAUGCACUGAAGGACUGUGACAAAGAACAGUUGAAACAAUAUGGAUGUGAGUUUGUUCUGAACACCCCAUCCUCAAGUCACAUGGGAGGUGUUUGGGAGAGGCAGAUUAGGACUGUCAGAAGCGUUUUAACUGCUAUUCUGGAUAAAACUUAUAAGAGACUCGAUAGUUCUUCCCUCAGAACGUUUCUGUAUGAGGUGAUGGCUAUUGUGAAUAGCAGGCCGCUAACAGUAGAAAACCUAAGUGAUCCAAGUUCAGAGCCUCUCACACCAAAUCAUAUUCUCAUGAUGAAGUCCAGUGUUAUUCUGCCUCCUCCUGGUGAAUUUGUAAGCCAGGACUUGUACCUGAGAAAGAGGUGGCGCCAAGUUCAGUUUUUAGCUAAUAAAUUCUGGACAAGGUGGAAGAAAGAAUACCUUCUUAAUCUUCAACAGAGACAAAUCUGGCAAAGAAACAAGAGAAAUGCAAAGGUAAACGACAUUGUUAUUCUUCAAGAGGACAAUUCUCCAAGGAACAAGUGGAAACUGGCAAGAGUAACAGAAGUAUAUACAAGCGCAGAUGGAAGGAUCAGGAAGGUGAAGCUGUUACUAAGUGACUCGACCUUGGAUAAGGAUGGAAAAAGGACUGUCAAGCCAGUGUAUCUUGAUAGACCAGUUCAUAAAACUGUGUUGUUACUGGAAGCAGAGUAAAUGUUAAAAUGUAAAUAUAUUCCUAUUUAAUGUUGUAUGUUAUUUGAAAUCACCAUAGGUUUGUGAUUUGGUGGGAGUUUUACUGCCAAAGUUUUAAUUUACAGAUUUUAUUUUGUAUUAUUUAUAGUUUUUUGUUAAGACUCUUAUUUUGAAGGUUUAAGGUAGGAAGUAGAUGUAGAAGCGUCUGGUUACCAGGUUACCAGAGACGCUUGCGAUAUAACAGCAUCGCGUUGGCAAGCAGAUGAAGAAACAUGAUUUAAGUGUAAGAAUUUACUGAAUGACCUCAUUUCUACCUCAAAAGAAAGGGUUAGCCAGCGAGUUCGACGGUGGUGUUGGUGUCAGGGAAACUGAAGCUGUAAUAAGAACGUCUUUAAAGAGUUUCAUUAAAGCUGACUUCACACCAGCAGUGCGACGAACUCUUAAUUGCCAUAAAAGAAGAAGAGGUGGAA